CAGAGAGCAACUCUCCAUCCCUCUCUCUCUCCUCCUCGCCUUCAGCACUUGCUCAGCCAUCCGCCCUCAUUACACUCGCAGCAUCUAAGCUGCAAAGUAACUGCGUCCUCUCCGCGCCACCUGCGCCACCCUCGCACCUUCUUUCCGGAGGGCUUGCACCAUCCUUUGUGCAGCAUGUCUGUUCGCAAAUCACCUCCCCCUUCUGGGCCUGGCAUGGCCGUCGCGAAGCGCGCGCGCGUAGAGGAUGACGAGGAAGAGAACACGAUGACUCUGACGGUCGCGUCGUCGGGCGAAGGACAGCGGAAGAACGCACUGGUGCGCACGAUCAAGCGUACUAGUGGGCUGGAGGCGCCGAUUGUGUCGUUGGCGGGAGCUCACGGAGGAGAGAUUACGGCGUGCAAGUUUGACCCACGAGGAGAAACAAUCGCGGCGUGCUCCAUCGACCGCGCAAUCUCGCUGUGGAGGACGUAUCCUCCACAUGACAACUACGGUCUCAUCCCACACGUGCACAAGCAAGCCGUGUUGGACAUUGCGUUCUCCCUCGAUUCGAAGGUGCUCUACUCGGGCGGCGCGGACGGCUACCUCAUCGCGACGGAUCUCGAGGAUGGGGCGCGCGUAGCCAAGUAUGCGGCGCACUUUGGCCCCCUGAAUUCGAUUGCUGUGGCGAUCUCGGGCGGGCAUGAGCUCGUGCUGACGGGGGGCGAUGACGGGAUUGCGCGCGUUUGGGACCCGUCGCUCGGCAUGAAGGAGCCAGUGGCCGAGUUUGACGACGAGCGCGAUUGCCCAGUGACGGCUGUGGAGUGGAGCGCCGACGGGAAUCAGUGCUUCGUGGGCGGCGUUGACAACGAAGUGAAGGUGUGGGAUCUGCGGACAGAAAAGAUGUUGUAUUCGUUGAAGGGACACACGGAUACCAUCACUUCCCUCGCGCUCUCGCCUAACGGGCACUACCUUGCGACGUACUCGCUUGACUCCGCACUCAUCAUCUACGACGUGCGGCCCUUCUCAUCCGACCCCAUGCGUGUUUACCGCACGCUGUCUGGCGCACCGUCGGGCUUCGAGCAGACGUUGAUCCGCUGUGCGUGGUCGAAGCACGACGGCGGGCAGCGGAUAGCAGCGGGCGGCGGCGACCGCACGGUGACGGUGUGGGACGUGCAGACGGGCAAGAUCCUGUACAAGCUCCCGGGUCACAAGGGCGCCGUCACAGGUGUGGACCUGCAUCCUCGGGAACCGAUCAUCCUGACCGGGUCCAAGGACUCGAACAUGCUUCUCGGCGAGCUUGACGCGCAGGACUUCUCUUAGACGCAGUAGUGGUUGGCAUCAUGCAUGUGCAUUGGGCGA